CGACGAUGGGACUCAAAGAGUUUCUGUGCUCCGUUUGCUGCUGCCGGUGCUCCGGGGCCGUGAAGACACAAGCAAAGCAACCGCUGGUCAGGUAUGACAGAAAGAAGAUAGUGUACAACACACUGGCAAGUACCAGCGACCAUGAAAGGAACUUAUGGAGUUCUCCACGUGACUCAUCUCACACAAAAUCAGAUGAUGAUUGGGAACUGUUUAAUCUGCUUACAAAAAGAAAGCUAGCAGACAAAGAUUCAGAGGAGUGGCAGAAACUUAACUAUGACAUACACACUUUACGGCAGUCUCGGUGACAGCUGAGAAACCACUGGAAACAGAUCUUGGAAGAUUUAGGUUUUCAGAAUGAAGUGGAUAUUUUGCUUUCUGUGACCGAAUCGAGUACAAUCCACUCUCAGAACCUGUACACAGCCCAAGGGAUGUUACAAAGACUGACAGAAGAGACCAGCAUUUUCCCCAAUGAAUGUCAAGUGCCAGAGAGAUAUCUCUUUGUACUGGACCGGCUGCUGGCCCUCGAUGCUGCUGAGGAUUUCUGUAGGAAGGCUAGACAGAGAUACCCCAAGAACGAUGGAUAGACCCUCCCUGCGGAUACGCCAGGAAUUGUGGGCCACACAACUGUCUGACUUUCCAAAGUUCGUUCGAGGGAAGCUACCUCUCUGCUUGAGUUAAGGCACACCUGGUCCCGCCUGGCCAAGUGCUCUACAGGAAGGUCAUAACAAACAUCAACUGGCUGGAUACAAAUUAAAAUACUUCAGAAUGCUAGAAAUCUGAAUCAGAGACAGAAAAUGCUAGGAAUACUCAACAGGUAUGGCAGCACCCUGUGAAGAGGGAAACAGAGUUAACGUUUUAAGUCAGUGACCUUUCAGCAGCUGCUGGACCAUUGCUUUGAACUUGUAAACCAUUCUAAAGUGACAGACCAUGACGCUGGUUUACUCAUCCUUACCACUGUCUUUUGAAUGUUUGUCUCUCUCUGUGACCUGGAUCUCACCGCUGCCACCUCCCUACUGAACCUAAAGGUUUGGUCACAGGUACAAAUUGGGAGGAAUUUGCCUUUGAAUUUGGACUCACACCCAUCCUGCGUUUCCACAGGGAAGGACAAUUGCAGCAGAUA